UAAUUAACGCUCAGCGAGGCAGAAGCAAGAUAUUGGGGGCCGGGUCCGGAUCGGGGGCAGGGUCGGGCUCGGCUUCGGUCGGAAAGGAGUUCGGGUUCGGCUUUGUCGCGGAGGUAAACUCAACGAGAGUCCAUGCCUCCGCGGGCGUGGGCUAUUUCCUCCGCGGGCAGACAGUAUUACGUCCAGUCAUCUGCCCGCGGAGACAUGCCCAACUGAAAAUGCCGACACCGAGCUCGGAAUUUCCCGAGUACUUCUACCUAUGCUUCCGAGAACGACGUUUACGUAUAAAUAUAUGACCUUUCCAUCUCUGUACCUUGUCGAGUCUUCAAUUAGCAAACAAUUAUCCCCAGUUCUUCAAUUUGUACCCCUUUCUGAUUCCCUUCCACCCUCCUAUUUCGCUAUGGCCACCUCAACCUCAACCCCCAACCCCAUCCUUGCGGACAAGCUCGAAGCACUGGCCCAACGCCUCCAUGCCACGGCACAGGAUCUCCGGUCAGGGUCUAUCUCCCUAGAGACUGACGCCAAUCAACGAAUGGGGAUGAUCAAGGCCGGGGCGGAGCUGGUCGACGCCGUGAGCAAGCCAUGGGACAAGAUCUUGAACUGGAUCCCGCAGUUUGCCCAGGCUGCUGCAGUCCGACUAUUCAUCAAGUGGGGGGUCUUCCAAAACAUCCCAACUGGCAAUGGGGAAUCCAUCUCGUACGAAGACCUGGCUGCGAAAGUAGGAGCCGAAGUGUCUCUUAUAAGUAAGUCGAGAUCCUCCUCGGUUGUGCUAGUGAUCAAUCCCGACCCUUCACUAAUAUGGAUCACCAGCCCGUUUUGCAUGGGUCCUUGUAUCAGGCGAUCUUUUGCAGCAGAUCGGAACGGAUCGCGUCGCGCAUACUCAGUUCUCCGAGAUGUGCGCCACUCCCAGUCCCAUGCGAGCCAUGGUGGAGAUGGGGUGAGACAUCCAUCCUCCUCCCCAGUCUGUUCACCACGGAUUGUUCUGACAUAGGUCCAGGUUCGAUAACCACUUCACAUCAUUCAUGACGAUGCCGAAAUACUUUGACCAAUUCGGCCUCAAGGAGCCCAAGGAUCGCCUGCAGACCAUCUUUGCCUUUUCCGAG